AUAUAUUAUAUACAACCGAAAAUGAAAAAGGGAAUAGUGUUAAUUUAUAGAUUUUGAUAAUAUCUUUGCUGCAAAAUAUAUUUAAACCCGUUGGAUCUGACGAUUGACGAGGCACCCUACUGUGCGUGAGAGAGUUGAGAAAAAAAAGAGUUCUGCGUGCAGCAGCGAAGACCUUGCUAACUAUGGAGAUUGGUGGAACGAGUUUUGGGGUCCUCGGAAGUGAUUAUCAAGUAUUUUUGAGUUUUAGGGGAUGGGAUACCCGUCAGGGAUUCACAGACACCCUUUAUCACUGUCUAACAACUGCAGGAAUCCAUGUCUUCAAAGAUGAUGACGAUCAGCCAAUGGAUGAAAACAUUGAGAAGAUUUUGGAUACAAUCAAUGGUUCUGCGAUCUGCAUCCCCAUCUUGUCCAGAGGCUACGCUUCAAGCAAGCGGUGCCUCCGUGAGCUCACAAGAAUGGUGGAGCUGAACAAGAAGGUUAUUCCCAUCUUUUACGACGUGACACCUGCUGAUGUGAAGCUUCCAACAGGUCUGUACAUGAAUGCUCUUAGGGGGCACUCUCGGGAGAUCAAGAAUGGUAAGGGACCAGAACAGGGGAUUGAUGCCCAAGAAGGGUCAGCAUCAGAAGUACAGAGAUGGGAGGGGUCUCUACGAGAGGUUGGAAAAUUCACCGGACGGGAAUUGCGAGAUACCAGCUACAACACGUUCUGUGAAUCAAUCACUAAGGAGAUACUCAUGAAACUGAAGGUUAAGCAGAAAAUCGUGCCUGACCAGCUAAUCGGAAUGGAUGAUCAGGUUAAUGCUGUCUUACAGUUGUUGGACAUCGAAGCUCAUGAUGUACGCUAUGUUGGAAUUCAUGGAAUAGGAGGUACUGGUAAGACAACCCUUGCUAAAGUUGUCUUCAACAAACUCACUUAUCACUUUGACGGAUGCAGCUUCCUCUCAGACAUACGAGAAUCGUCGAGACGUGAUGGUAUCAAGAACUUGCAGAGGCAGCUAGUGAGCGAUAUUCACGGUAAAAUGCGAGACGUUUCAGACAGCGACAGCGGCAUCAGGGAAAUCAAAGCCAUGGCACAAGACAAAAAGAUUCUCCUAGUGCUAGACGACGUGGAUCAGAGGGACCAAAUUGAAAAGUUAGCGGGGAAAUCCAACUGGUUUGGUACCGGAAGUAGGAUCAUUGUCACCACCAAAGAUAUAAGGGUUCUAGCAACAGAGCGGGCAGCUCUUCGGGAAGGUGUUCUCAAGCAAUCUAAUGAAGUCAAAACUUUUGAAAUGGAGUUGGAUUUCGUGCCAUCUCUUAAAGUCUUUAGCAUAUGCAAGGACAAGUUGGAGGUGACCUAUAAUGAGUUAGAUGACCGGGCAAAACAGAUGUUUCUCGAUAUUGCGUGCUUUGUAGUGAACAAGGACAAAACCAAUGCCAUGUAUAUGUGGGAAGCCUCCAAUAUCUGUCCGAGCAUUUGGUUAGAAGACCUUAUUUCGAUGUCUCUGGUUAAGAUUGUAGACGGCAAUAAGCUAUGGAUGCAUGACCUUGUCAGAGACCUUGGAAGGGAAAUUGUUCGCAAAGAAAACUUUGUGGAUCCCGGAGGACGUAGUAGAUUGUGGAUACUUGAAGAGGCUUUUGGGACACUAGAAGGAGAAGAGGGCUCGGAAAAAGUUGAGGCCAUGUAUUUAUCGGACGAUGAGCAAUUGGAGGGGAAAUGUUUUGGAUAUGAAGCAUUUGAAUGUCUGAAAAACCUGAGAUUUCUCGAAUGGUACAGGUUCAGGUUUGAUGGAGAUAUGAACAGAGUUUUAACCAAACUAAGAUGGCUGUCUUGGCAUAAUUGCCCCGCAGAUUUUCGGGCGACUAACUUGAAUCUACCGAACUUAGUAAUUCUUGACCUCUCAUGGAGUGAUAUAAGCGAAGCAUGGGAUGGAUGGAGCCAAAUCAAGGUGGGAGCAAAGUUGAAAGUUCUCGAUCUUACGGGCUGCAAGAAAUUAUCAAGAACACCUGACUUCUCAGAGUACAGUACUCUAGAGAGAUUGAUUCUUGCAAACUGUGUAGCGCUGACUGAGAUCCACUCCUCCAUAGGAAAGCUGAAGAAGUUGAGGCACUUGAAUAUCAAGGGAUGUGAUUCUCUUCGAUGUUUGCCCAAAGAAGUGGCUUCUUUAAACGCUUUGAAAGAGAUUCUUCUGGAUGGAAAGAAAGAUGCCUUUACGCUGCCAAUGUUGGCAAAAUCAACCGCGUUGCUACGUAACAGGUGAAGUUCAACUGAUUGUAUAUGCAGCAGAACCGGCUAUACCCGCCUUGCCCCUAGAGGAACGGUUUUCAGCGUAGGUAGUCAGAUGGAUGGGCCGCCGUGGGGUUCUAAUGUCAAACUAGAACAGAACGAAUCGAGAGGGAAAGCAUAUGUAUAAUAUAUCCGAAAAUUCGAAAGAGCUGUCACGUUCAUUUGA